AUGGCUUCAGAGUCUUUAGGGGAUCCUUGUGAUGAUUUAAUUGCGAAGGCGAGGGAUCGAUGGUCGGAAAAAAGCAUAGUUUACACGCGGAGAAUCCGCAAGAAAUCCCCCAAAACCUCAAGUAAUAGCAAUAAUACCCCCACCACUACUGCCCCAACCUCCGUCCCGGAGGACCCAGCCUCUGCCGUCCUCACAGCCUCCACUAAUUUCGUCCCCGCCCCAACAGAGGCCUCGGCAGGCGUCACCUCUGCUGAUGCUAUCCCCAGUCCUCCACCCACUGCUGCCCUCAGUCCAGCCCAAGAUUCCGGGCAAGCUGUAACGACAAAUGAGAAAGACAACGGGUCCUCUCUCCAGUAUCAGCAUGUGCAAGAACAGCCACAGCGUGGAACUUUAGAUGCCAAUGAAGAUUCUCGGAUUGGAACCCCUGAGGUGGCAAAUGCUGGUGGCUCGGUAUUGCCUGAAGCCGACAAGGCUGGAAAUUUUAAAACGCCAUUGCCGGAUGGAAAUGAGGACGUUUUGGGGUCGCCUCGAAUUCCUCCAGUUAGGGUCAAUGGAGUAGUGAUGCCUCUCGUGAUAUCUAGCAUUGAUGAUAGGAUUAGGUUUAAUUUAGGCAAGGGGACUGCAAAGGAAGAUAUUAGGGAUUUCAGAACAACACUACUCUCCGAGCUCAAUCGGGUUUCCAGGCUGGUUAAGGAGCUGGAGGCCAAGGAGCUUCUGAUUUCACAGCACAAUACUCAGAUUGGCAACAAUAGUAAUUACGUCAGUAAUGGGGCUGGUGAAAGUGGAUACAGUCAUCCCCAGCCCCCACAAGCCCGGAAUGAAGUGGCCGACCGGAGGCUACUGGUGAGAGUGAAUACGGAAGUGGGCCCACUGGCCCACGCGGAGCGGAGGCCCGCCGCUGGGCUAUACAGAGUGAACUCUGAUAUUGCUUCGGCUCGGAAUAUGGAGUCGAGGCCAUACAGCAGGCAGCUGAGUGUGGCCGUUAUGGAUAACAGUAACAGGGGUGAAUUUGUGGAAAAGGAAAAACGUACGCCUAAAGCAAACCAGUUCUACAGAAAUUCCGAGUUUCUCCUAGGGAAGGACCGGCUGCCUCCUGAGAGCAACAAGAGGCUUAAGACGAGCAAUGGGAGGAAAAACGCUGGGGACAAUGAACAUAGCUUUGGUUUUGGUUUCGGAAAGAGCCGGAAUCAGAUAUUCAAGAACUGCAGCAGCCUACUCCAGCGGCUGAUGAAGCACAAGCAUGGGUGGGUAUUUAAUGAGCCAGUGGACGUCAAGGGAUUGGGACUGGUCGAUUACUAUGACAUCAUCAAGCACCCCAUGGAUCUGGGCACGAUUAAGUCUAGGUUGUCCCAGAAUUGGUACAGAUCACCACGAGAUUUCGCGGAGGAUGUCAGGCUCGUUUUCCGCAAUGCCAUGACUUAUAACCCCAAGGGGCAGGAUGUUCACAUCAUGGCUGAAGAACUGUUGCAGGUUUUUGAAGAGAAAUGGGCUAGUAUCGAGGCUGACUAUAAUUAUAAUUGGAAGCAUCGGAUGUACUCUGACGGGAGGUUGCAGAAUCCCUCAUCUAGAAAGGCUCCUCCUCGUAAUCACUAUGGGCCAGGUGCUAUAUCUUUGUACAUGACUCCUGGGCCGCAGGUUGGGGCUUUUGAUAAGCCUGAGCAGGCAAUUGCACCCAUGGCUGUUGAUCCUAAAGCUCAACGGCCUCAUGGUGGGCGGACGCCUGUCCCGAAGAAACCCAAGGCAAAGGAUCCUAAUAAAAGGGACAUGACUUAUGAGGAGAAGCAAAGGCUUAGCAACCACCUUCAGGGCUUGCCUUCCGAGAAGCUUGAUGCUAUUGUUCAGAUCAUUAAGAAGAGGAACACUGCACUUUCUCAACAUGAUGAUGAAAUCGAGGUGGACAUUGACAGUGUUGAUGCGGAAACUCUGUGGGAGCUUGAUAGGUUUGUCACCAACUACAAAAAGAGCUUGAGCAAGAACAAAAGGAAAGCUGAGCUUGCUCUUCAAGCGAGAACAGCGACAAAUCAGAAUGUGGCAUUGACAAACUCAGUUCCACCUGUAGCGAAUCAGACUGGAAGUGGUGCAGCUUUCAAAAAGAGUACUGGUCCACCUGCCGAUGUCGACGAUCGGGUUAAUAAUAGAAGUAGAUCUAGCAGCUCUAGUAGUUCGAGUAGUGAUUCUGGAUCAUCUUCGAGCGAUUCGGACAGCGAUAGUUCCUCUGCAGAUGGUUCAGAUGCGGGGCAUUCACCUAGGUCAUAA